AUGGGAAACCGGAGGACAUUCUUCCUAAGCUGUGCUCAAUUCGAAAACUACUCUUAUCAGGUGUAUGCUCAUAAAGAAACCUGCUCCGAGGAGCUUCGAGUUGAAAGAUCGGUUGCUGGAAGUCUGAGACAGGUGGUGUUACCACCUACUCAAGGCAAUUCUAGCAGGUCAAGUUCAACCCACAGCCCUAAGCUAGAACUUUCGUGGGGAAGCACUUUGUAUCACAUAAAUGACCUUCCGUUCAAUAUCAACAGUUUGCCAGACGUAUAUACUCAGUUUCGUAAGUCCGUUGAAGCGAAAUGCACCGUCCAGGGUUGCAUCAGACUUCUGAAAUCACUUGGACCACCUCCUAGUAUUGAUGAUUGGGGAAUUAUACCUUCAAUUAAGCAUCUUGGACUUCACUUGGAAAAGACUACAAAAGGAAUGCGAUUUAUGGGAGGUGAGGCUGCUGCAUUGGGCAGGGUUACAGAAUACUUCUGGAAGAAGGACUUGUUAAAAUGUAUAAGGAGACGAGGAAUCAGGAAUGAGAUGUUAGACCUGAUUACUCGACCAAGUUUUCUCCAUGGCUUGCUUCAGGAAGUCUCUCUCCUCGAUUCGUAUAUGAAGAGGUAAAGAGAUAUGAAAAGGAAAGGCAAGCAAAUGACUCCACAUACUGGGUGUUGUUUGAAUUGAUAUGAAGGAUUACUUCCGGUUCGUUUCGAUAAAACAUGGGAAUUCGGUUUUCCAUUUAGGU